AUGGGCAUCACAACAAAAACUUAUAAGCAGAGCAAGUCUAGAAAACAUGCUGUUGCAACCAACAAGCAGUCUACAACUCCUUGUACUCCAUCUGAACAAACUUCAACAUCCUCUCAGGUAUUACCAGCUGUUGUAAGCAAGAUCAUGCUAGAGAUUAAGGCUGUCGCUACACAACUAACUGAGCUGGUCGAAACAGACGAAGCUGCCAUUUUAACAUCACAUCCAAUUGUCACCGAAUCUCCAAUUGACCAUCCUAGUGAUGCUACAGACUUACGAAAUCAUGCAAUUGGCAAGAUUCUUCCAGAAUAUAAUAAACGGUUAUUUGUUUAUGAAGAUGCCUUGCUCAAGUUACUACUAAGACUCGAUUCAAUCGAUCUGAAAGGAAUUCAACAGCUUAGAGAAGUCAGAAAGACCUGUAUUCGAUCAGUACAGUCACAUCUAACAGCAUUGGAUCAAUGGAAAACAGCAUCAUUAGAGGCUUGGCGUAAUGGAACUUUACCUGUCGAUCCCACUCCACUUGCUUCGUUGGAUCUGAACAAUCCAUUACAAACUCGGAAACUAUCUACCAACAGACCACUGAUCAUGGUAUUAGGAACAGCAGCUGUAGCAGGUAAAGUCAUGCAUAGUAUAACCUCAAUCUUGUCUUGA